GCCAAUAGGAGCGGGCGUUGCCGGCCGCCGGCGCGCGGGGGCCGGACGAUGUUCUCGCAGCAGGCGUUGCGCUGGAAGGCGCGCUUUGCCGCCCUGUACGCCGUGGGCACCUGGAGCUUCCUGGGCUUCGUCUUCUUCUACUACUACUGGCGCGACCGCCCGGAGCAGCUGCCGCCCGGUGAAGAGAAAACUCCUCCAAGGGAGACACCAGCAGAUGUCUUUUUCACAUCAACAAUAACAUAUAAACAGAAUGCUGUACAUCCUACAGGUGGACUGCAUGAUUAUGUGAAAUCCGUCUUUGCAACCAGUGAUGGCCCUGGUCCAGAAGAGUAACAUCCUGGAAAUUAGAAAUUUGAUACGUAUAGAAGAGAAAUGACUUUCAUCACGAUUGCUUGCUUGGACAUGAAAAGUCUUUAGUUGAAGUGCAGGUUUCAUUCUAUUUCAAUUUAAAAAAAACCACCCCCCCCUCACCCCCACGCAAACACACACACUCUCUCCUCCUCCCCCCACCCCAAAAACAAACCAACAAACCGCAGAAUAAUUUGCAAAGCCUAAUAAACCUUUUCAACUCUGUUAAAGGCAGUGUUUUCCCAGAAACUCUUGGAGGGCUGAAAUAUUAAAUAAAUUACAAAUGAUUAAACUUCCUAUAAUUAAA